AUGACAGCGCGCAUCUUUAAUGGAAGCAUACCAAUUUCAUCCGUUAACUUUACGGUAUACAACACGACGGUACCCGUGUGGAAGAUCUACAACAACUGGCUGACAGGAUGGUUCGUUAUAAUGCUGCUUAUCUGCCUCAUCGGCAGCAUUUUAAACAUUCUUCUCUUCCUCAUUCUGACAUCGAAGAAGAGCCUCUCCACCGGAUCAGGCGCACUGAUCGCUAAUUCCAUUUUCAUCGAGUGUAUCCACUGCAUUAUCAACCUUCCCUUACUGACCAUCUCCACAUAUCUCCCGCAGUUUGGCUAUCAACUAACCACGUUCUGCAACGUCGUGAUGAUGAGCUACUACACCACCUUCCAAGCCGGCAACUGGCUAUCCAUGUUAAUCGCCAUUAACCGCUUCGUGGCCAUCGUGUUCCCGCAUGUCUACCCACAAUGGACAACGAAACGGGUUCUUAUUGGAAUGGUCCUGUUAGCGUGGAUAUCCGGGAUAGUGUGUAAUAUACCAAUGUUAUUUCGUAUCGGUGCGAAGUUCGAUGUUGCUCCACCGUGGAACGCGUGUUCAGCAUUACCGACACCUGGAUUUAUUUAUCCGCUUAUAACAACGUUGAGCACAUUUUUCCCUAUUGCUUUUCUUGGCGCUCUUUAUUCUCUGCUUUUUUUCAUUAUGGGAAUGCGGGCGUCGAUGGAGAAAACUAAAGUUAACGAUAAGCACGAUAAGAAACAGAAGAAAAUGCAGGCGUUGUACCGACGACGUUGCAAUAUGGCAAAAAUGUUGUUUAUGGCGUUAUGGUACGCUCUCUGCUAUCUACCGGCACCGAUUGCGGCCAGUUUGUUUCGUGCGUGGUUUAUCAGCAAUCCGCUGAUCCAAUUGGUUUUUCGAGCGUUCUUGCUAAUCGGUUACGCAACCAGUCCGAUGGUGUAUUUGGCUAUGAAUGCGGAAUAUCGUCAGAGAAUGACUGGCAUUUUCCCGCGUAGAAGAAUCGUUAAGCGUUCUCACGGAUUGACAAAAGAUCGCUCCUCGUUGGCGGUGUUUACCAUGCGUCCCUCCAGUGUGACUCCAUACAGCGAUCAUCGCCCACCGUCAGACCGAUAAACCUCUCAGCGUCAGCGAUUUUGAGCAUGAAAUAUCACGAGCCGUGCUGCAUAAUGAAAAAACAAUAAGCUGACCUUUUCUUAAAGAAUCUGAAGGAUUUGUAACCAGAGUCAUGUAAAACAUAAUGGUACAGUUUUCUUAA